AUGUCAGAGCUUGCUGCUCAAUAUCAAAAACUGCAGGGUGAGUUAGAAAACUUCAUAGUUGCUCGUCAGAAGCUUGAGACCCAAUUACAAGAGAAUAAGAUUGUGGACGAUGAGUUUAACGGUUUAAAAUCUGAUUCGAAAGUUUACAAACUUACUGGUAACGUUCUGUUGCCAGUGGAACAAGAUGAUGCUCGUACCAACGUUAGUAAAAGGUUAGAGUUCAUUCAAACUGAAAUUGAUCGCUGUGAGAAUAAUAUCAAAGGUAAGCAGGAGGAACAAGAGAGAGUUAAAGCUGAGUUGAUUAAACUGCGUAGUGGUGAUACCAAUUGA